AUGAGAGCGAAUGUCACGUACGCACAGUUACUGAAAUACUCCGAUCAAAGAAAGAACCUCUCGAAGAUAAUGAAGAGAACUAAACCGCCAGAAGAGACCAACCAGGUGAGCACAGCGGACACUUUGAGGAUGACCGCUGCCAAAUGUUAUAUACGAGUGGGAGAUAAAACAGUAGUAGCCGUCCUGGAUACGGGAGCGGCAUUUUGUCACAGCAAAUGGUACGAGGGAGAAGACUUUAGGGAAGGGAAAGAGCUAGAGAUACCCAUCUCGCACAAUGGCAUUGAAGGGUUGGUACGGCCAGAUGAAUCGGAGUCGAGCGACUAUAAGAGUGGAGGUACGUAUGGUGAAUUUGAGUAUGAAAGCGAGAAAGUGGAAGAAGAAAAAGGCUAUUAUACCGGGAAGCGAUCAGGAGAGGGGACCACCGAUCAGGAGAGUGUGGCAGAAAAAACCACUGGUCGGGAAGAAGCACCCCCAUCAAAGGUGAAAACCGAGGAAAUGGAGAUCCCUAGUCCCGCUAUAUACUUAACCGUCCUGAAGGAAAUACCGACGCCGGAAGAAGAGGAGUCUGUCAUUGGAGAACCAAAAACGGACAUGGACAACCUAAUAGAGAAAGAACGAGGAGAAGUAGCGAAACUCUUUGAGACAGAGAAAGAACUAUUCACAGGAAGUUUGGAGAAGCUUACCCAGACCGAC